AUGAUUGCAGAAGGAGUCCUGGGGCACGUUCUGGAGACUUUGGUUUCCAUGGCCAGCAUGAGGCACCGAAGGAAUGGCAAUUUUGAGAGUUCCAGGCUCCUCUAUUCCAGCAUGUCUCGCAGCAUCGACGUGGCUUGCAGCGAUGCUGAUUUGGCCAACUUCAUCCAAGAAAACUUUAAGAAGAGAGAAUGUGUCUUUUUUACAAAAGACACCAAGUCCAUGGGUAACUUAUGUAAAUGUGGAUACCCUGAAAAUCAGCACAUAGAGGGCACCCAGGUUAACACCACUGAAAAAUGGAACUACAAGAAGCACACCAAGGAGUUUCCUACUGAUGCCUUCGGGGACAUUCAGUUUGAAAACUUGGGAAAAAGAGGAAAGUACAUCCGCCUGUCGUGUGACACAGACUCUGAGACACUCUACGACCUCAUGACCCAGCACUGGCACCUGAAGACCCCAAACCUCGUCAUCUCCGUCACUGGCGGCGCCAAGAACUUCGCGCUCAAGCCCCGCAUGCGCAAGAUAUUCAGCAGGCUGAUCUACAUCGCCCAGUCCAAGGGAGCCUGGAUUUUCACUGGGGGGACGCACUAUGGGCUGAUGAAGUACAUUGGGGAGGUGGUCAGAGACAACACCAUCAGCCGCAGCUCCGAGGAGAACGUGGUGGCCAUUGGCAUCGCGGCCUGGGGCAUGAUCUCCAACCGGGAAACCCUCAUCCGCACGGCCGACAGCGACGGGAGCUACUUGGCCCGCUACAUCAUGGAUGACCUGAAGAGAGACCCCCUGUACUGCCUGGAUAACAACCACACCCAUCUCCUGCUGGUUGAUAAUGGCACCCACGGGCACCCCACCACAGAGGCCAAAGUGCGGACCCAGCUGGAGAAGUACAUUUCAGAGCGGGUCAUCCCAGAAUCUAAUUAUGGUGGGAAGAUCCCAAUUGUGUGUUUUGCCCAAGGUGGUGGGAAGGAGACUUUGAAAUCCAUCAACGUGGCCAUCAAGAGCAAGAUUCCCUGUGUGGUGGUGGAAGGCUCUGGGCGCAUUGCCGAUGUCAUUGCCAGCCUGGUGGAGGCUGAAGGCACUCUUGCUUCCUCCUGUGUCAAGGAGAGCUUGCUCAGGUUCCUGCCGCGCACCAUUUCCAGGCUCUCAGAAGAGGAGACCGAGAGCUGGAUCAAGUGGAUCAAAGAAGUCCUUGAGAGCCCUCAUUUACUGACAGUGAUCAAAAUAGAAGAAGCUGGGGAUGAAAUUGUGAGCAAUGCCAUUUCCUUUGCCCUGUACAAAGCUUUCAGCACCAACGAGCACGACAGGGACAACUGGAACGGGCAGCUGAAGCUGCUGCUGGAGUGGAACCAGCUGGACCUGGCCAGCGAUGAGAUCUUCACCAACGACCGAAACUGGGAGUCUGCUGACCUGCAGGAUGUGAUGUUCACAGCCCUGGUGAAAGACAGGCCCAAAUUUGUCCGGCUCUUCCUGGAGAACGGCUUGGAUCUGCGGAAGUUCCUGACCACAGAGGUCUUGAGGGAGCUGUACACCAACAACUUCAGCAGCCUGGUGUUCAAGAACCUGCAGAUUGCCAAGAACUCCUACAACGAUGCCCUCCUCACCUUUGUUUGGAAGAUGGUGGAGGAUUUCCGGAGAGGUUUCAAAAGAUAUUACAAAAACAGCAAGGAUGAGAUGGAGAUACAGCUCUCAGAGGAGUGUCCUAUCACAAGGCACCCAUUGCAAGCUCUGUUUAUUUGGUCAGUUCUUCAGAACAAGAAGGAAUUGUCCAAAGUCAUUUGGGAGCAAACCAGAGGCUGCACUUUGGCAGCCCUGGGGGCCAGUAAGCUCCUGAAAAGCAUGGCCAAGGUGAAGAAUGAUAUAAAUGCUGCUGGCGAGUCCGAGGAACUGGCUAACGAGUAUGAGACAAGAGCAACCAGGGAAAAGCCUGUGGAGAAGAGUAAGGAACUCUUCUUAUAUUAUGUGUCUUUCUUCACCUCCCCCUUUGUGGUCUUCUCCUGGAAUGUCACCCUGCAUUAACUUUUAUUUUUACUUGACCACAUGGAGGUAGCCUCCAGCCAGUGGUACAUGAACGGCAGCAAGUAUUUCUCAGACCUGUGGAAUGUUAUGGAUACCCUUGCAAUCUUCUACUUCAUAGCAGGGAUUGUGUUCAGGCUUCACUCUGAUGAAAGCUCUUGGUAUUCCGGGAGAGUAAUUUUCUGUUUGGACUACAUAGUUUUCACCCUGAGGCUCAUCCAUAUUUUCACAGUUAGCAGGAAUCUAGGACCCAAAAUUAUUAUGCUGCAGAGGAUGAUGAUAGAUGUCUUCUUCUUCCUCUUCCUCUUUGCUGUGUGGAUGGUGGCCUUUGGAGUGGCCAGGCAAGGCAUCCUGAGGAAGAACGAGCACCGCUGGGAGUGGAUCUUCCGCUCGGUCAUCUACGAGCCCUACCUGGCCAUGUUUGGCCAGUACCCCGAUGACAUUGAUGGUACCACCUACAACUUUGACCACUGCACGUUUUCUGGGAACGAGUCCAAGCCCUUGUGCGUGGAGCUGGAUGCCAACAACCAGCCCCGCUUCCCGGAGUGGAUCACCAUUCCCCUGGUGUGCAUUUACAUGCUCUCCACCAACAUCCUCCUGGUCAACCUGCUCGUGGCCAUGUUCGGCUACACUGUUGGGUCAGUGCAGGAGAACAAUGACCAGGUGUGGAAGUUCCAGCGUUUUUUCCUGGUGCAGGAAUACUGCAGUCGCCUGACCAUCCCCUUCCCCUUUGUCAUCUUUGCCUACAUAUUCAUGGUGCUGAGAAAAUGCUUCAAGUGCUGCUGCAGCAAAGAAAGCAAAGAGCCAUCCAUUUGCUGCUCAAGAAAUGAGGACAAUGAAAUCCUGGCAUGGGAAGCUGUCAUGAAGGAAAAUUACCUCGUCAAAAUCAAUACAAAAGCAAAUGAUUCAUCAGAAGAGUAA